UCCCUUGAAUUUAAAAAUAUAUAUAUUAACCAAAAAUGACAACAAAAUCAAAACUGAGGUUGAUAUCUUCUUAUUUAAUGGUGAUUGGUGAUUGCUGGCUGCCGCUCAUCUGCAACUUCGAAAAAGUGGCAGAGCAGAGUGAGUAGCCUCAGCCGGACAGGGAGAUGAGUGGAGUCGGGAUGUCGGUGUGCGUUACUGGAGGAUCAGGAUACCUCGGAUCGUGGCUCGUCAAGCUGCUGCUGGAGCGUGGUUAUACUGUUAAAGCUACUGUUCUGGAUCUCGGCGAUUCGAGCAACACUGACCACCUGAAGGCACUCGAAGGAGCUGACGAAAGACUACAGUUGUUCGAAGCCAACUUAACUGACGAAGGAUCGUUCGAUUCAGCAGUUGCUGGUUGUGAUGGCGUAUUUCAUACAGCAUCACCUUGCUUCCUUUCAUGUGCUGACCCACUGGUGGAGUUGAUAGAACCAGCAGUCGGAGGAACGCUCAAUGUUCUCGAAUCCUGCAGCAAAGUAGCAUCUAUUAGACGAGUGGUGUUCACAUCCUCCAUAGCUGCACUUACAACCAACCGAAAACCCAAAGGCGCUGGCGUGCUAGUCGAUGAAACUUGGUUUGCAGAUCCAGAGUACUGCAAAGAGACUAAGCAAUGGUACGUUCUUUCGAAAACCAUGGCAGAGGCAGCUUCAUGGAAAUUCUCCCGGGAAAAUGGCAUCGACUUAGUCGUACUGCAUCCAGGCUUCAUAAUUGGCCCUCACCUCCAGCCAACUCCCAAUCUCUCAUCCCAAUUUUUUAUCGAUCUCAUCAAAGGGCAUGGUCAGUUUCCAGAGUAUCGAUGCGUUGAUGUUCGAGACCUUGCAUAUGCACAUAUCGCCGCAUUUGAAAAUCCUUUGGCUAGCGGCAGGUACCCUGUGGUCGGGGAAGUGAUAAUGCAUUCCGAAAUAAUGGAAUUAUUCCACGGCCUUUAUCCUUCGAUCGCGGCUCCUUCGAGUGGCUUGGAGAAUAGCAACAACACUUAUGAGGUGUCCCAGAAGAGAGCUAAAAGUUUGGGCAUAAGUUUCACACCAUUGGAGGUGAGCUUGAAAGAUACUGUCGAAAGUUUGAAGGAGAAGAAGUUUCUCACUCUAUAAGCAAAUUCAUGUUUUGGAGCAAUUCAGCUAUGUUUCUCUUAUGCUGCAAGUUUGUGCCAUUUAAGUUUAUGAAUUAUCAUUGAUAUGUUUACUUUGAAUUAAGCUUUUAUUUAGACAGUUUUUGGAAGUUUGGAAAUUUGGAAAAAAUAAAAUGUUAGUAUUUGAUUUGAUAUUUUAUUGAGAAAAAACAUUGUAUUUGAUAUGGUAUUUUUUUAAAAAUGAAU